CAGACCGUUUUUUUUUGCGCGGAGGUGCAGAUGUUGGCGGUCUGAAGUCACAAACGUCUGUUUGUGUGUGUGUGUGAGUAAGUGAGUGUGUGCGCGCAGAGGCAAGGAGCAGAAAGGCUGCAGAGUUCGGAAGCACUUGACGCGUUGUUAAAGCAAACAUCUCUGUUCAAAUGGCAAGCUUUGAAGAAAUCCAGGUGAAGGAGCUGAGCAAGCGCACUUCAGGUCAUGCGUUUGAGGUCAUCCUGAGCCCCUCAACCCCAGAUGCCAAGGGGGAAUUUCCACUGUCCCCUCUUAAAAAGAAGGAAACAUCCCUGGAUGAGAUCAAGAAGAAACUGGACGCUGCACAAGAAAGACGCAAGAGCCAUGAGGCUGAGGUGCUGAAGCAGUUGGCGGAGAAACGGGAGCAUGAGAAGGAAGUCAUCAUGAAGGCCAUGGAGGAGAACUGCAACUUCAGCAAGAUGGCGCAAGAGAAACUGAAUCAGAAGCUGGAGGCAAACAAGGAGAAUCGCUCUGCACGGAUGGCAGCUCUCAACGAGAAGUUCAAGGAGAAGGAAAAAAAGAUCGAGGAAGUGAGGAAGAACAAAGAGGCGAUGAAAGGAAGAGAAUGACCUGGACAACCGUCUUUACAUCUCCAAAGAAAAGCUCUAUUUUUUUAACUUACUUUUCCAUGUUAUUCUUUGUUGUAUUAGCUCUGCUUAUGCACUUAGGUUUUGUGUGAACGUGUAGAUGAGUAGAUUUCCCUUUGGCCAAAGUUCUAGAUAUAAAGUUCAUACUUGUGGCUUUGCAAUCAACUUGUUAACCGAUCAUUUGAUCGAGCUGUGCGUUUGAAUAUACUGUGCGAUACUAUGGUUCUACAAAUAAAGUGUUGUGUCCUAGAGAGUUCAAAA